AUUAUCCGCAAACGACAAGCGGCAAAAGUCGAGCUCCUCCCAAACUCCACGUCGGCAGUCGGCACCGUGCCUCGUUGAAACCGAUAAAAACCCCAUUGUUAUCCAGUUCAUUUUUCUUCCUCCACUUCCCCUGCCCCUUAACUCUCUCUGUGAAAUCUUCAACGGCGGAUAGGAAGAAGUAGAGGAAGACUUUGCUCGAGGAACAAGCGGCAAAAGGAGGAUAUAUAAGAUCAAGCAAGGGGAAGAAAGUGAGAGAAAUCCUUUUCUGUGGCUAGAUUUUUUAGGGAUCUCUUCCCAAGCAAUCAACUAAUGGAUUCUGAUCUGUGGAUCUCUCACCUUGCCGCUGCAAAGAGGCAUUACUCGCUCCAGCAACAGCAUAGCUCCCACACAGAUCGGUUUGAUGUGGAUGAAUACGAAUUGGAAGAGGAUGCCCGCCCGGAUUUUCCUUGUCCCUUUUGCUACGAGGAUCAUGACAUCACAUCACUGUGCUCUCAUCUUGAAGAUGAGCACCCUUUUGAAUCUAAAGCUGCUGUUUGCUCCAUUUGCUCUGUUAAGGUUACGGGAGACAUGCUGAGUCAUAUUAUGCUGCAACAUGGCCAAGCCUUCAAGUUGCAGAGACGUCGAAGGUUACGAAGAGUUGUUAUGCCCAAUAGCCAGGCACUAUCACUUCUUGGGAGAGACCUUCGUGAGGCUCACCUACAGGUGAUUUUGGGGGGUGGGGCUUAUCGGCCAAGCAACUCUAGUACCUCAACUGCAGCUUCUGAUUCAUUCUUAUCCUCAAUGGUUCUAAAUUUUCCUGCAUCAGAAGCUGAAGAAACUUCAAAAUCUUCUCUAUCCCAUGUUGAUGACUUUAUUAGAAAAAAAUCAACAGCUACAAGGACUUGGAACUCAAGCAGCAUUGACCUUUCUCUUAGCCAAGAAGAAAGGCAAAAGAAGCAGAGGCAGGCCACAGUCAGGGCAAACUUUGUGCGGGAUCUGCUACUUUCAACCCUAUUUGAUGAUCAGUUGAAGUAGAGGCCAAUGAAAUAUCAUCAAAUGAAUCUUUUGUGAUCCUGGAACUUUCUUCAGAAAACAGAGUGGUUAUCCUUUGUGAAAGUUGGUUAGUAUUCACAACAGAAGGGGAUGAUUUAAUUCAUCUUUCUGCAUUGGCAAUACACCUUAGAAACCUUGAAUUAAUCAUGUGGUGAUGUUGAUGAAAUCUCUAUUUUUGUUGCUUAAAAUAAAAAUGUAUUGAAAGUAUUGCCUGCUUGAAUUAACCAAUCAAUGUUGUGCUAA